CUGCAGGAGCAUCGUUGGUGCCAAGAUCCUUGUGUUAGUUUAUGCAUGUGAGAAGUUACUGUGCUCUGUUAAGAGAUUGGACUGCUAGAAAGACUAUUUAAUUGCCCACAAGUGUUCACUCCACUUUAACCACCAAGAGUAAAAUCUCUUCUAAAGCAAUCAUGCCUUCUGGCAAGCAUCGUCUCUAUAUCGCACUAUAUGUUCGUGGUGGCAAACCCACCAUGCCGGAGAAAGAAGAUACAUAUCAUUGGGGUUUAAUCGUCGGGCCUAAAAAAGAAGUUGAAGAUUCACGAGGAACGCGUUUUCACGCCAAGGAGUUUUUGUCCAAGUCGACUGGAAAAUCCGAAUUCAAGUACGAAGAGGUGUCUAUACCUCUUCUAGCAACGCAGAUGCUUUUGGUACGAGUGAUGAUUGCGAAAAUAGAAAAUUACGAUCGCAUGUUGCAGAUACUGCGGGCAAUUCCUAUUAGGAGUAAGGAUGAAGGUUGGAAUUGUGUGGGGUGGGUAAGAGAGGCAUUGGUGGAUUUGCAAAAUGACGGGAAAACUUUGGGCACAGCUGUAAUUGAAUGGGCUACGGUCCGAGACGCGGCGAUGAACUAUUGUCAGAGGAAGAAGGGCGAGCAUCGAUUUGACGGGGUGGUUGAAUGGAAGACGGAUAAAGCGGCCACAUUUGACUUGGUCGGUGGGAAGGAGGUAAUACCUUAGAGCCUUAUAAAUAACCUUUACAGAAAGGAGAUACAGAAGGUAGGAGGACAAUUACCUGCCAAGCUAUAUCAUUGUUCUUGUCUGUUUAGAUCAAUGAGAGACGCCCCGGUAUUGAAAGCAUUAUGAAUGUCCAACUUAUUUUAAACAUUCCAAUAAGCUCGGAUAUCCAAACCACUUUGAAAAC